CACACUUCGACUUCUUUUGCUUGUUCCUUUUUUUUGCGCUUUUCUUCGCCCUUGCACCCAUCAGUCAACCAUCGAGGGCCUGAGAUACGAACAAGUGCAUAUCCUUUUGGCUUUUCAAUCAAUCGCCCAGCAUGUGGAUCGUUAACUGGUUCUACGACGUCCUGUCGUCUUUGGGAUUGCUUAACAAACACGCCAAGCUGCUCUUCCUGGGUCUCGAUAACGCUGGAAAGACCACGUUGCUGCACAUGCUCAAGAACGACCGAGUUGCCAUUCUGCAACCUACUCUCCACCCUACUUCUGAGGAACUCGCCAUUGGCAACGUUCGAUUCAACACUUUCGAUUUGGGCGGUCACCAGCAGGCCCGUCGUAUCUGGAGAGAUUACUUCCCCGAUGUUAACGGCGUCGUCUUCCUCGUCGACGCCAAGGACCACGAGCGAUUCCCCGAGGCCAAGGCCGAGCUCGACGCCCUUUUGGCCAUGGAGGAGCUCUCCAAGGUUCCCUUUGUGAUCCUGGGCAACAAGAUCGACCACCCCGAUGCCGUUUCCGAGGAUGAGCUGAGACACCAACUGGGCCUGUACCAGACGACCGGAAAGGGCAGGAUGCAGCUGGAGGGUAUCCGACCUAUCGAGCUCUUCAUGUGCUCCGUGGUUAUGCGACAGGGCUACGGCGAUGGUAUCAGGUGGCUGUCCCAAUAUGUUUAAAAAGAGAUGGAGUGUGUUUGCGAUGGUGAUGGGAAUGAGAUGAUGAGGCCACCGGACUCAUGAGUCGUGGCUCAGUGACGAUUCGAUUUGAGAAACCGAGGAGGUCAAGAGGCGUUGGGUCGUGAGUUAUUUUAUGAGACUCAGCAUUCUCUUUUUAGGCGAAACCUUGUUUUUAAAUGUUGAAAUUUAUACCGUAUCCGUUGCUU